AUGUCCUUUUGGGAAAUUGACCAUUUCUACUUGGCCUUAUUAGCAGGACCAGCCUUCGAGACUCUUCUCGACUGUCCAUUCGCAGUUUCGCCUCUCCUCCUCCAAGCCUCACAGUCUCGUCUAUUGGCCGGACGCAAUCGAUCGGGUAGUCAGUACACCACUUUCGCCUGCCAACCAACAUGUCGUGCUGUGCCGGCCUGUGCUUUGUGCAAUCAGCCCAACCAACAGGCCGGUGGUACGAGUCUUGCCAACUCCUGCCCCCCCUGUCCGUUAUCAUACACACCCGCCACAACAGCCACACCCAUCGAGGCCAACUCCGCCCCACUCAACUUCAUCCCACCUUGCCUCGUCCCUUCUUGUGUGGAGAUUUUAGGCGGGAAAGACCUCUUCUACGCACAGACCUGUCAGUCACCGCGAGACUCGGGCAAUCUGCCCGACCCCAACAGAACGUCUGUGUAUGUGUGUAUAUGCGGACUUGUCUGUCUGGCGCACAAGACGGCCACGUUUGGCCGUCUUGGAAACGGCGGAAACGGAAUGAGUCGCGCGCUCCGCGAUGCGCCGAACAACAUGGACCUCGUGAUCGGGCACAUGAGUUCAACUUUAUAG